UGAUCUCCCUGUGUUCUUUCUCCAUAGAGCUUGAUGGGCGGCAUUAUGGCCCCCAAAGACAUAAUGACAAAUACUCAUGCCAAGUCCAUCCUCAACUCAAUGAACUCCCUCAGGAAGAGCAACACCCUGUGUGAUGUGACCCUGAGAGUGGAGCAGAAAGACUUCCCUGCCCACCGGAUUGUGCUGGCUGCCUGCAGUGACUACUUCUGUGCCAUGUUCACCAGCGAGCUGUCAGAGAAGGGGAAGCCGUAUGUUGACAUUCAAGGUUUAACUGCUUCUACCAUGGAAAUCCUGUUGGACUUUGUGUACACAGAAACAGUACAUGUGACAGUGGAGAAUGUUCAAGAACUGCUCCCGGCAGCCUGCCUACUUCAGCUGAAAGGUGUGAAACAAGCCUGCUGUGAGUUCUUAGAAAGUCAGCUGGACCCUUCCAACUGCCUGGGCAUCCGGGAUUUUGCUGAGACUCACAAUUGCAUUGACCUGGUGCAAGCCGCUGAGGUCUUCAGCCAGAAGCACUUCCCUGAGGUGGUGCAGCACGAAGAGUUCAUCCUCCUGAGCCAAGGAGAGGUGGAGAAGCUCAUCAAGUGCGAUGAGAUUCAGGUGGAUUCUGAAGAGCCAGUCUUUGAGGCUGUUAUCAAUUGGGUGAAGCAUGCCAAGAAGGAGCGAGAAGAAUCCUUGCCUGACCUCUUACAGUAUGUUCGGAUGCCCCUGCUGACCCCCAGGUACAUUACAGAUGUGAUAGAUGCUGAGCCGUUCAUCCGCUGUAGUUUACAGUGCAGAGAUCUAGUUGAUGAAGCAAAGAAAUUUCACCUGAGGCCUGAACUUCGGAGCCAGAUGCAAGGACCCAGGACAAGAGCCCGUCUCGGAGCCAAUGAAGUGCUUCUGGUGGUUGGGGGCUUCGGAAGCCAGCAGUCUCCUAUCGAUGUGGUAGAGAAAUACGACCCCAAGACACAGGAGUGGAGCUUUUUGCCAAGUAUCACUCGAAAAAGACGGUAUGUGGCCUCAGUUUCCUUACAUGAUCGGAUCUAUGUAAUUGGUGGGUAUGAUGGCCGUUCCCGCCUUAGUUCAGUGGAAUGUCUAGACUACACGGCAGAGGAAGAUGGGGUCUGGUAUUCUGUGGCCCCUAUGAAUGUGCGGCGAGGCCUUGCUGGAGCUACCACACUGGGAGAUAUGAUUUACGUCUCUGGAGGCUUUGACGGAAGCAGGCGUCAUACAAGUAUGGAGCGGUAUGACCCAAACAUUGAUCAGUGGAGCAUGCUGGGAGAUAUGCAGACAGCUCGAGAGGGUGCAGGACUAGUAGUGGCCAGCGGAAUAAUCUACUGUCUAGGAGGAUAUGAUGGCUUGAAUAUAUUAAAUUCAGUUGAGAAAUAUGAUCCCCAUACAGGACACUGGACUAACGUUACACCCAUGGCCACCAAACGUUCUGGUGCUGGAGUAGCCCUGCUGAAUGACCAUAUCUACGUGGUGGGGGGGUUUGAUGGUACAGCCCACCUUUCCUCUGUAGAAGCUUACAACAUUCGCACUGAUUCUUGGACCACUGUCACGAGUAUGACCACCCCACGAUGCUAUGUAGGGGCCACAGUGCUUCGGGGGAGACUCUACGCGAUUGCAGGAUAUGACGGGAAUUCUCUGCUGAGUAGCAUUGAGUGUUAUGAUCCUAUCAUCGACAGCUGGGAAGUGGUGGCCUCCAUGGGAACCCAGCGUUGUGAUGCUGGUGUGUGUGUUCUCCGAGAAAAGUAACUGGAUUUGAGCGCCAGCUGGAGCUAGUGACUACUCCAAGGCAGAGUUUGUGGGAGAAUCAAGGAUCCUUUCCAGAAUGUCUAUCUCUGCCUGUGUGCACAGGGUGAUUACAGGCGCCAGUGCUAUGAUGAUUGUACUUAUUGAUACACAUGCUCCUUCGCACUGGUGAUGUUGCUCAGAGGGUGGCAGCAGGUGCUCAUGGGAAGAGGAUGCGCAUUGGGAUGAGAAAGCAGAUCAUCUCUCUGUGGCCUGAGGAGGAGCACUUUCUUACUGUUUCUAACUUACCAUGUGCUUGGGAGAACGUACGUGUGUGUGUGUGUGUGUGUGUGUGUGUGUGUGUGUGUGUGUGUGUGUGUGUGUGAGUGAGAGUGAGUGUGAGAUGCUUCAUGUAUUACAGAGAAUUAAGGUGAAUAUGGCCUACUAGGUGUGGGCAGUGUCCACAGUGUCCAGCCUAGGUGAUUGGAAGGAUAUCAGCUUAUAUAAGCCUGGUAAAAUGAGUCAUUUUCCAGCCUCAGAAGCAAAAAAUACCUUUUCUAAAGGUUGCUCUGGCCACCACAGUUCCUUCCUGGAGGAAACUGAGAUCACUGUUACAGUUUGAGAGGCCAGGAGGAAAGAGCCAUAUGCUAUUCUCACUUAGGGAGACAUGGUUGGUGUAGAGAUUUGAGUAAGUGCUAUAAACGGAGUGGAAUGUGAGUGAACCAGAAUAUCCCUGGAGUGUAAGCUGGAGGGCUGGAGAAGACAUAUUUGACCCCCAAGUCUAUCUAAUGCAGAAUGUUGUGCCAUCUUGGCACUGGAGACUGAGAGAGUAACAGUGGGGGGAAAUGCUAGAAUAAGAUGGUGUGAAUGUGCAGGGUUCACUCUACCUGUGGUAAACAGAAGUACCUGUGACUUUACAAUCUUAGUCCCUGCCGGGCUCAAGUAGCCACGGUACUGUUCACCUUUGAAAGGGUGAAGACCAGCUUUCUGGUGAAUCAAGUGAUACUAUGUCACUACACUUCCGCACUAUUUAUUUGGGGAUGGGGUGGGUGUGGCUGCAGCCUAGUAGUUCAGGUGCCUGAUUGCUGCCCUGCUGUUUUAAGGGCACACUUUGCUAAGGCGUGCUUAAUACUGCUGUGCGUGGUACAUUCGGUUCUCUUCCUGCUACACUUUCUGUGUCUGUCUUUAGAGUGCAUUCUGCUCAUCCUGGAACAAAAUAACCAAGAUCAACUGAAAAUCUUUUGUUGGUUCCCAUACCUCUGCCAACAUCUCUGACCUGCCAUUCAAGGCCCCUCUGUCAUAGGGUGACAUUCUUGCAUUAUUAGUAUAGCAAGUAUGGGAAUAUGAUAGCCUAAAUUGGGCUACAUUUUAUUUCCCCUUUGCUGUGGAAUUCCACUUUUCCCUCAUUCCCUAAUUGUGUUGGCCUACAGAGUUAAUUCCCUUUGUAUUUUUUUAAGAAAAUAUUAAAAAUGGACUGUCUCAAAUGGCUUUAAGAGAA